GUUUGAGCCCAAGGGCAUUCACCCCCAUCCCCAAGGCUGAAGAAGACCCGAUUGGUUUGCUGUCAUAUCUCCGGGCAGCCCACCCCACUGCUGGGGGGGAGUUCGGGGUGAGGCCUGGGGGUGAUGCUCUGCGCCCAGCCCCUUUGCAGCAGCGGGAUUGCCCCCACCCUGCAGACGCUUCUUCUGGUCCCCACAGGGCCCACUCACCCGCCUCCCUGGCCCUGCCCCUGGCCAGGUAGGAGGUGAGAGAGUGGACAUCAGGCCCGGGGCAGAGUGGCCACUCGGGCCCCUCGCGCUGCAGGCAGCAGCUAUUCAGCUGCCCACCAACCUCCUGGUCCCUGAGUCCAGAAUGCAAGAAUGGCUAGCACAUCUCUGCCCAACCUGGUGCCCAUUGGCCCCUGAUUGCCUGCGCCCCUUCACCCGGGAGUCCCUGGCGGCCAUAGAACAGCGGGCAGCGGAGGAGGAGGCCCGGCUGCAGCGGAACAAGCAGAUGGAGAUAGAGGAGCCAGAGCGGAAGCCACGCAGUGACCUAGAGGCUGGCAAGAACCUGCCUCUCAUCUACGGGGACCCCCCACCGGAAGUCAUCGGUAUCCCCCUGGAGGACCUGGACCCCUACUACAGAGACAAAAAGACCUUCAUCGUGCUCAACAAGGGCAAGUCCAUCUUUCGCUUCUCCGCCACGCCCGCCCUCUACAUCCUGAGCCCCUUCAGCAUCGUCAGGCGCGGCGCCAUCAAGGUGCUCAUCCACUCGCUGUUCAGCAUGUUCAUCAUGAUCACCAUCUUGACCAACUGCGUGUUCAUGACCAUGAGCAAUCCUCCUCCCUGGUCCAAGGACGUAGAGUACACCUUCACGGGGAUCUACACGUUCGAGUCCCUCAUCAAGAUGCUCGCCCGAGGCUUCUGCAUCGACGACUUCACAUUCCUGCGGGACCCCUGGAACUGGCUGGACUUCAGUGUCAUCAUGAUGGCGUAUCUGACGGAGUUUGUGGACCUGGGAAACAUCUCAGCCCUGAGAACCUUCCGGGUACUGCGGGCCCUGAAAACCAUCACUGUCAUCCCAG